AUGAAGCGCAGCCGGAAUGGAAGCUCGUCGCGCAAUCGCGACGGCCAAGUUGCGGACAACGAUGGAAUUGAAGACGACGGAGAAGAGCCUCGAUCGGCGAUCUUCAGCAUCGGGUUUCCGGUGAGAGCUGGGAGGUAUAAUCCGGUGAAAUUGGGGGAUUUUUUGGAGCGCUGUUACUACUGCAAGGACCUGAUCCCUCGCAACACGGAGGUCUUUAUGUACGGCAUUCUUUGUGCAUUCUGCACAAUCCAAUGCCGUGACCUUCAGAUCGCCAAAGAUCGUGCGGCCAGGAGAAAUCCAGCACGCGUCGAGUUUACCGCAAAUCAAGGCCACGAGUCUACAAUGUGA